AUGGCGGCCUCCCAGCUGGCAGCACUGGAAGGGACGGAGCCAGGGCCCGGGGGACGGCCCCCGACUGAGGCCAGCCCCGGCCUCCUGUACUCCGAGGGCCAGCGACUAGCGCUGGAGGCUCUGCUGGGCGAGGGAGCGGAGGCAUUCGAGGCCUGCGUGCGGCGCGAGGGCCUCCGGCCCUUCCUGGGCAGAGAGGAGCUCCGGGGCCUGGUGGCAGCAGCUGAGGACUGGACAGCCGCGAAGCCUGAGCCCGGCAGGGCAGGAGAGGGAGCCAACGCCGCCCACAGGGUCUCGGGCAGCCUGACCUACUGGCCGGGACAGUCAGAGGAGGCUGCGCCUGUGCUGCGCCUGGGCUGGCCGGAGGACUCAGCCUGGAAAGGGAUCACCCGGGCCCAGCUGUACACCCAGCCGCCUGGUGAGGGCCAGCCGUCCCUCAAGGAGCUGGUGCACCAGGAGAUUCGGGCCGCCCACAAGCUGGUGGCCGUGGUCAUGGACAUCUUCACCGACCCAGACCUGCUUUUGGACCUGGUGGAGGCUGCCACGCGCCGCUGGGUGCCCGUCUACCUGCUCCUGGACCGUCAGCAGCUGCCUGCCUUUCUGACGCUGGCCCAGCAGCUGGGGGUCAACCCCUGGUCCACUGAGAACCUAGACAUCCGAGUCGUGCGGGGCUGCAGUUUCCAGAGCCGCUGGCGUCGGCAGGUGAGCGGCAACGUGCGGGAAAAGUUCGUGCUGCUGGAUGGCGAGCGGGUCAUCUCAGGAUCCUACAGCUUCACGUGGAGUGACUCCCGCCUGCACCGUGGCCUGGUGACCCUGCUGACCGGUGAAAUCGCCGAUGCCUUCAGCCGAGAGUUCCGGACGCUGUAUGCAGCCUCCUGGCCGCUCCCGCCCGCGCCCACCCUGGGUCACUUUGUUAGAUCCUUGGGGAGGCUGCAGCUGGCUCACAGCCCACACCGCGUGGCCCAUCGCUGCUCCGUGGCCCCCCUGUCACCGCCACCACCGCCCGAUGGCUCACUGACCCAACGCCUGUCCGCCUGCCAAGUCUUUGAGGGGGACAGGCAGGAGACCCCGGCCGCGCCAGGGCCGGCUCUGAGCGACAUCCUGAGGAGCGUGCAGCGCACCCGGAUCCCCAGCUGCCCCCCAACCCGGCCCAGCCGCUCCCUCUGGGACCUGAGUCGCCUGUCCCAGCUGUCGGGCUCUAGUGAUGGAGAAAACGAGCUCAAGAAGUCCUGGGGCUCCAAGGACACACCAGCCAAGGCCCUGAUGAGGCAACGGGGUGCUGGAGGGGCCCCUGGCGGGGAGGCAGACGCCAAUCCGCUGGCCUGGUCCCAGCCCCGGGGCGGCCCCCUGCCCCUCACCCCCGGCCGCCGCCUCCGCUAUCUGUCCCCGACCCGGAGGAGGUUUGCUGAAGAUGCUGCCUCCAAACUGUCGGAACCCAGAGGCAUCCGGCAGCCAGACGGGGCCACCCAGCCAGGACUCAGGGGGCAGCCCUGACCGGAGCCAAAGCCAAAUGGCCCUGGCCCUGACCCAGGACGGUCAGACAACGGUCACUUAGAGCCCCCCGCCUCACUGUUGUACCUGGGAUAAAGCUUGUGGCCUUGGUGUCUGGGAGGUGCCAAGGAUUUCCUCCCCAUUUGUUCUAGAUUGCAGGCAAGCCCAGUGCCCGCUCUGGACCUCAGUGUCACAGCCUAGAAAAUGGGCAAGAGGCCUCCACUAGCCGGGGUCCUAACAGCACACCUCCUGUUCCCGCCGGGCCAGAACUUCUCUGAGGAGACGCCUGGCUGAGUGGUCCCCAUGUUGGGAUUGUGCGGGGGUGAAGAUGGGGAGUCUCGGGACUGAGGGGAGGCUUCCUGAACCCGCCGCGCUCAGGAGCUGUGGGGAAAACCGCGCUUGGCCUCGGAGAGGAGAGGAGCGUCCAGGGGGAGCCGAGCUGAAUCCCGAGGGGCUGGAAAUGUCUGAAGACACACCUGCUGGGGAACACUUUACCUCUGCUCAGAAUAAAGCUGCUUUAUGCCA